UUCUGCUGUUCUGUGAAGUAAAUAAGAGAAGAAAAUUAACGAGACAAUCCCAAAUUUACCUAGUCUCUAGCUUCAAACCCUAAUUCCCGAUUUUAUUGGUCUCCCAACCAAUACCUAUUUCUUCUCUCUCUCUCCUUCACCUCAAAGCUCUGUUUUUUUUUUUUUUGUCCUAUUCUCUCUCUGUUUCUUUCUUCUUCCAACAGGAAAGUUUCGUUUUCCUUUUUAGGUUUCAGCAUCCGAAUUCAAGGAAAGUUUUGUUUUAUCUCAAAUUAGUUAUGCAGGAUGGGUAGAGUGAAGCUAAAGAUAAUGAAACUACGGAACAUGAAUGCACGUCAAUGUACGUAUGCGAAAAGGAAACAUGGGAUUAUGAAAAAGGCUAAGGAGUUAUCGAUCUUAUGUGACAUAGAUGUUUUGCUUCUCAUGUUCUCUCCCACGGGAAAGGCUUCAUUGUGCCUAGGCAAAAACAGCAUUGGAGAAGUCAUUGCUAAGUUUGCUCAACUCACUCCUCAAGAAAGAGCAAAGAGAUCAUUUUGUCUACGUUUGGACAGGAAGUUGGAAAACCUUGAAGCUUUGAAGAAAAUGUUCAUGAAACUUGACCACGACGUAGAUAUAUCAGAGUUUCUAGACAGAAGAACACCAACAGUUGAGGUGUUAAGCGAAAAAGUCAGGUUUCUGAGAACACAAUUAUCAGAUAUACACACACGACUAAGCUGCUGGACCAAUCUAGACAAUAUCAACAACGUAGAUGAUUUGCAGCAACUAGAGAAUUCACUAAGACUAUCUCUGGCUCAAAUCAGUGCUCGUAAGGCGAGCAUACCGCAACAUCAGCAGCAGCAGCUUAUGUCCUCAGAAUGCAAAAACCAGUUGCAGACUGAAAUAGAUAUAGAUUUCGGAAUGGAGAAUUUCUCAUGGGUUCGUACUACUGAUGAAAACAUGAAUGUUCUUAUAAAAGAAGAAAACCCUAUUCUGCACCUUCAUCAGAUGUACAGGGACAUAACGUGUUGCGCAAGUUCAUCUCUUGGAAAUUACUCAGGACUCUCAACUCCAAAACUAGAAACCGGCAGCAUUCCCGGGAUACCGGCUGAUCCAAGCCUACAAUUCGGCAAUCCUAGUUUCCUAAAUGAUCAAAAGCUUCAGAAACUAGCUGAGUGGAAUCUGUUAGGAAGUCCUGCGGAUUACUACUUUAGCCAGAUCUUUGAAGCUUCUCAUAAGCCUCAGUUGGGAGGAAACAAGUACAACUGGACCUCUCCUGAAACAUUACCUUAUGUUGCUAUCUUUGAUGAUCCUCUAUUUUUUUGGCCAAGUGAGAAGUAAGUAGCUCCGGAAAAAAUCAAGAGGCAUUGGAUCCGAAAACGCGCCUUGUCUUGUAUUGAGCAGUCACAAUUCACAAAUGCAGAGGAAAGCUAGGAUUGAUAAGCAACAGGGACACAUACUAUAAUAUAUAUGAUACCAUUUUAAUUUACUUGUAACUCACGACAUCUCUAAACAGCGUAAGCAGAAUUUUGUUUAUUCUCUAUUUUAGAGCAUGUGUUCUCAACAAAAUUCUCAUGAUUUAAAUAAUAAAAAGUAAUAAAUAAAA